ACCAUCACGCAGCGAUCAGGCAGCGGUUGUUCCUCCCGCAGCAGAUAGUCCGUCCGCACCGACACAAUAGCGCUUUCCCGUUCGUUUGCCGCUAGUGCGUUCUCUUCCUCUUGCCGCUCCUCGGAGGCGUGUCUUUACGCGGGCCUUUUCUGCGCUGCGCUGUGCACAGCUGCUAAAUUGCAGUCAUUUUCUUUGGCCUGGUGGAGGAGCUGGGUCAAGCACUGCAGCAGGAAACUGUCCGAUGGUUCCCAUGUCCUUAGAUGAACAGGAUGUAAGACUGACUUUAUAGGAUUCUUUGUGGAUGUUGUCAAAAGAAGAUAUCUGUCCUUAUGGACAAGGAGUGAGAGAAAGGUGUAGCACGGACUUUCUGUCUUCACUGUUAGAUGGCGGUCGUUACAAAGCCUAGAGCGCUUCUGAAGUUGGACAAAUGAAUGCAGUAAGGAACUGUCAGUGUCAUACAGUAAAGAUGAGAGAAGAUGCAAAGAACAGUGUAAAAUGCACUGCAUGCUGUUUAUUCUUGUGAGCUGGAAGAUUCAGUGUUCGUGUAUAAUCCAACAGAAAGAGUCUACCAACCGCUGCCACAUUUUCAUCUAUUGGUAAACAUCAGCUACUGGUUGGUCUUAAGGGAAGAAGAUUGAAUUAGUCCCAGAUGAAGAACUCUUUCAGCCAAUUUAAGACUUUCCAGUUGAUUUUAGACAGCAGGCAGAAAAAUUGGAAUAGACCACAUGAAGAAGCAUCUGAAGUUUAUUUUUUGCAAGAUCUUAUUUGGAGGACCAAAUACACUUUUACAGGCCAUUGGAGAUGAAAGAUUAAUCACGUAUUUUUUGUUUCCUUGAAGUGGCACUCUGUACUUAGUCAACGUUGCUUUGUAUUAAGGACAAACGCUAGUCUCUUAAUGUCAGCAUGUCGACUGUAGCAAGUACUCAGACCCUGGAGGAAUCUAAUCCUCCCCUCCUUGAAGAAAAGCCAAAGGAAAAAGCAUUAUUUCAACUGGGCUCAUUCUUUGCUAACAGGAGUGAAAAAUUUGUAAUUGCUAGGAGUGAUAGUGUACCAGAGGAGAAUGUUCUGAAAAUAACUAUCACUGAGACAACAGUCAUUGAGUCAGACUUGGGCAUCUGGAAUUCUCAUGCUCUCAUCUACCUCACUUUGUGGUUUUUCUUCAGCUUUUGCACUCUUUUUCUUAACAAAUACAUUCUCUCAUUACUGGAAGGAGAGCCCAGCAUGCUAGGUGCUGUUCAAAUGCUUUCAACCACCUUCAUUGGCUGCAUUAAAAUGUUUGUUCCAUGCUGUUUGUACCAGCACAAAACACGUAUCUCGUAUCCACCAAAUUUCAUUAUGAUAAUGCUGUUUGUUGGAUUAAUGAGAUUUGCAACGGUAGUGUUAGGGCUUGUCAGCUUGAAAAAUGUGGCCGUUUCAUUUGCAGAAACAGUUAAAAGUUCUGCACCUAUUUUUACUGUUAUCAUGUCCCGAAUGAUAUUAGGGGAAUACACUGGAUUGCUGGUUAAUCUUUCUCUCAUCCCUGUUAUGGGCGGGCUAGCUCUAUGUACAGCUACUGAAAUCAGUUUCAACAUUCUGGGUUUCUCAGCAGCUUUAUCUACCAAUAUUAUGGACUGUUUGCAAAAUGUCUUUUCCAAAAAACUCCUCAGUGGAGAUAAAUACAGAUUUUCAGCCCCAGAGCUUCAGUUCUAUACCAGUGCUGCUGCAGUGGUUAUGCUUAUUCCAGCUUGGAUAUUUUUUAUGGAUGUGCCAGUAAUUGGGAAAAGCGGAAGGAGCUUCAGCUACAACCAAGAUGUCAUUGUACUUCUCUUAAUAGAUGGAGUCUUGUUCCACUUGCAAAGUGUUACAGCCUAUGCCUUGAUGGGAAAAAUUUCUCCUGUGACUUUCAGUGUUGCUAGUACUGUGAAGCAUGCGCUAUCAAUCUGGCUAAGUAUUAUUGUGUUUGGUAACAAAAUCACAAGCCUCUCGGCCAUUGGGACUGUUUUAGUGACAAUUGGAGUUCUACUAUAUAACAAGGCAAAGCAGCAUCAGCAAGAAACUAUACAGAGUCUGGCUGUUGUGGCCCCGCAGCCUGCACAAAGUAUGACUGAAGAUACUGAGCCACUAAUUUCCAAGGAUUUGAAACCAUAUGAUUGAUAUGGCCAUUUAUUCUUCCAAAAUAGCAUUAUCUCAAAGGAACUUUUUCUGAAAGUGGUUGUUUCUUCAACAGUUGAGGAUGAUUUGGUUCCUUUGAGUUUACAGCAAGUCAAGACUGGGACUUGAAGCAGAAAGAAAACAAUGGGAAGAAUCUAGUAAGCCUUGAGUUGCUGAGAAACUGAUAUACUAAACAGAGGACCUAGUGUCAUAUAAUGUGGUAAAUGUGGACUUUGUAAUCUGCUUCUUGACUGCAAAUAAUAUAAAAGCCUAUAUUAGAAAAACAUCUUCAAUAUUUUGUAGGAAAAUGAUUCCUUUCUCCAUCAAAAUAAUGUGAAAACAUGACCCAUCACUGUAUUAUGCUUGCUUAGUGUGGAGUGAAACUGGUGCUUAACUGACGUUCCUAGCUGUUUGUGACCAUACUGCACCCUCUAUCAUUUGUUUGUAUCGUAGAGCUGGAAGGAAGAGCCCCCUCCUCUCCCAGCAAAUGACAUAUUUUGGUCUAUGCUUAGUUCAAGUAAACUGUAAAAAUGAUUCCAUGCCCCCAGAUAAUGAGGAGCAGCUAUUUCUGACUGCAAAGCUAGCAAGAAAAAGCGAUUUUUUUCCCCCCACCCCCCAUGGAAAUGUUGCAGCCUAGUUGUGUAUUUACAAUGUUGAAAUGCGAAUAUAUACAUAUGCUGUAUAAGACAGAGGGUUUAAAUAAAUGUUCUCAAUCGCUCACAGGUAAAAACCACUGAAAAUCUUUGGUAAUAAAGGAGGCAGGAUCCAUAUUUCUAUAAGCAACCAUUUGAAUUAUUUAAAUAUCUUGCAGUUUGUCAUAUAUUUCUGUUAUGGGGAAAUAAUUCAGUUUUUUAUUAAGAGUGCAAGUCUUAUGCUUACUUCAGGUCACAGUGUUAUAUGUGACUGGUUGCCUGGGGUAUAUACUCUGAAGAUUGUCAUGGGGAAAAACGUAACUUUUUUCAUCACUGUGUGCAUUGAUGUUUGAUUUGUUUUGUCAUUACUAAUGUUACUUGCAAAAUGCUGUGGACUGUGAGGCAGAUCUUGGUUGGUUGGUUGGUUUGUUUGUUAUGCAUUUAACCUGUAGAUUUGGCAGAAACCAAAGUCUGUUUUGCAUUAUGGUUCUACUUUUUGGGGAAGACAGGAGUAUAAGUGGCUUUCUGAUUGUCUAGCUCAGUUUUCAUGUAAUCCACUUCAUAAACUGAUUGAGCUUCAUUUUAAAAGCUAGUAGACCUUUGCCUUUCCAGUUACUGGAAGACUAUUGUGAAACAGCUGGGAGGAUUUUGUAACUUGUAAUUUCUAACAUAUUGGAGUUUCUCAGUGGCUGAUUUAGCUCCACCUGCUCUGUGGUAGAGAGGAUGAGCAGGAUAGUUCAGUUUCAGAGAGUUUUGUUUUCUUUUAACCAUGUUUUCCUCUUAUGUACUUUUAUAUGCAGUUGUAUUGGCCUUUAUUAAGCUAAACAAACCAACCUUUUUUACUAUCCACUUGUAAGAAAGGCCUCUUACUUUUCCUUAAAAAUGUUGUGCAGAAGGUAGCAUUUGCUGCUUUUUCUUUUUUUUUGCUACCUUGCUGUAUUGGAAUCCUUUAUUCUGUACGCAUCAUCUAUUAAAACAAGAGAUGUUGACUGCCCUGCAUUAAAGCUUUUGGAUUCCGAUCAUUGCCUGGGUUGAAAGGCAGACCUUUGAGGUGUUUUAAACUUCAAAAACAGUUCUCCAAAUAGAUUUCCUCUUGGAAAACUUGGAAACCUUCACAUUUCCAAAAGCAAAAAUAUAUCCGCUUAUUAGCGGAAGGACAUUCUGAGUCGCUAUGCAUGAUUCUACUGCAUCAGAAUGGAUAUACAGCUGUAUUUUUGGGAUUUCGUAUGGAUUUCAGUGUAUAAAUACAUAAUUAAAUAUGACUGCUAGUAGUAAGCCAGAUUACUGCAGGUUUAAUAAACAGAGCAACAUGAGGCACAUAAUACUUCAGUGUAUAGCUUCUGGGGAGAGGAUGUUUCACUUAAAAAUAGAACAAACAAACAAAAAAACCCCUGCUUCUCGCUCCUUCCCCCAGUGCUGAAAUGAUGCAAGUGCUUAUUGUAAAGAAAACACAGAUUUGCAACUGUAAGACAUUAUUAGCAGCAUUUAACAUCUCUAAGACAAAUUAUGCAUCUUUUUAAGUUGGGAAAUGAAACAGCUGUGCAUGCAUAGUAAGUGCAACAUGCACUUACUAUAUUUUAACCUAACCUCUCCUCAUGGUCAAGUGAUUUAACCAUGUAAGUCUGUUUACUUCUCUCUGCAUGUAUUCUUAACUGAUAUUCCUAUAAAACUUUAAGAAUGGCCCUUCUCGCAUUUAAUUCAUGUAAAUUCUCCAUCAUGUAUUAGUUCUGCUGCCGUUAUACAAGUAACUUUUGUGAAAGGUUUUUUUUUUUUUUGAAACUUUUUCUUUGGUAUCAUGCUUUAUUCAAAUGAAUAGUAAAAUUGAUCCUUUAUGCCAAUCCCUAUAAUUACAUAUAAAAAAAGAAAAAAAUAAAGAUACAUGCUGUGAUGGUUUCUCCUUUUCUGCCACUCUUUGUCUGUAUUUUUUAUUGUUGAAUGGGCAGAGAUUGGCAGUUAUUUUUAUCUUCCUGCCCAGUGUUAAAACUAAUAUAUUAUAGGAACUAGGUUACAAUAGGUUGACAAUUACUUAGCGUUUUUUGUUGACAAUUACUUAGCGUGGCCGUUGGAGAUUUGUUUAAUUCCACUCAGUUUGGUCUCCCAAACCUAGCUCAUGCACUGACUAGAAUUACAUUAUACUUCAGAAGUCGAGUGUAUGAGGAGCCUUGUUUUUUCAAUAUAAACUUGGAAUUAGGAUGAUGAUUGUACGGGAAUCGUGAUUUGAGAAAAUGUUUGUUUUGCAGCAUAGCAGUUUUGUUUGGGUGGUGGGACAGCCUGCUGUAUGUGGAAAAAUACUCUUUUGUUGGAAACACCACAGUUUUCCUGGUGAUACCUCUUUUCAACUUCAUCUCAUUCAGCCAAUAAGUAGCUCUAGUCUCUUAAGAGACUGGUUGUAAGGAGGCAUUCAGCAGAAAAGGCUUUUUGCAUUCCGUAGGGUGAUGUCGCUGGUGUUCAGAGUUAUGAAAUAGGUUUCAGUCUUGUUGCAUUUAUAGCCAAAUAAAGACUCAGUUUCUCAGUUUGUGUGCACACUUAUCAAUGUUAUUGGUCAUAAUAUGUAAGGUUACACAUUUAAUCUUGGGAACCUAGUCACUGAAGGUGUUCACUAAGGCAAUGAGGCUGCAACAAGCUCUGCUUUCUAAAUAAACUUUGUAGCAUAAGACAUGCUUCACCCUUGGAACUGCAGCUGAUUAUUGAGCUCAUAAGAAGUGCUUGGCUUCAUGAGUUAUGCUAACGGAAGAAAAGCAUUUACUGUGAUUAGUUUCUGGAAUCUUUCUUAAGAGGUGAACUAGUGACUUCAGUUAACUGUCACCUUGAUGAGCAGAGACUUCAGCUGUGUCAUACCCUAUCGGUCUCAAUGAAUGACAUGGAAGAGAAGAGGAGACCCAAAAGGCAUUUACUUGUAGAGACAACUGUUUAGUUCUGUGGCAAUGACAUCAAUCUCGACUCUUGGAGCCUAGUCUUGGCUGAUCUAGUCAUGCAUUUGUUCAUGAAGGAGCACCGGCGUGCUGUUUUUGAGGCAGGCAGAAGCCUGUGCCAGAAGACCUUGGAGGCGUGUGAGGUAUUGGUGUUUAAAUAAGCAGUUGCUUUUAAAUAGCUCUCGUUCUGAGAAAUUUAAAGAUGUAGCUCUAGUUGCUUCAUUGUCAAAGCCAAACCUUUGUGUAUUUGAUACCAAAAUAUGAAUGUGGGACUGACCUAAACUGUACGUAAUAAUUACAUACGAUGUUUUGUGAAGGUAGUUUGUAUAUUGACUGUUGGCUAUUUAUGUGAGGUCUGGACGCUUUCGAAGUAGUGCAGCUGUCUUGGCUCUAGCCUGGUAGCUGCGCCCAUUCAGCAGUGGUAGCACAUGCACGAUCUCCGUUAAAUCCUGUGGAUGUUUAAAAUGGUUCCAGCGUUUUAAUUAACCUUGGAAAGAAUAAAGUUCCCGCAGUGUC